AUGACUCGUAUCAUUGAUUUAGCGCAUCCUUUAGAGGAGGGUAUGCAAGUCUAUCCUGGAGACCCAGUAUUCUGCUGCCGGUCUGCCGCAAACAUUCCGGAACAUGGCUACAACGUCCGGAGUCUCUCUCUUGGGUCUCAUACAGGCACUCACGUAGACGCGCCUUUUCACUUCUUUGCUGAUGGGAAAACGAUUGACCACUUCCCUCUCUCCACCUUUGUCGGGCCUGCACUAGUUGUCGAUGUAUCAAGCAAGAAAUCCCGCGAAAAAAUCGUCUGGGACGACCUUGCUCCGUACCAAACCGCCAUGGGAGAGGGUGUCAUCUUGCUGGUAUGCACCGGAUGGUCCGAUUACUGGGGAAGACCCGAAUACUUCGAACACCCAUAUCUCGCUCGCGACGCCGCUCAGAAGAUCGUGGCUACUGGUGUGCGCAUUGUUGGCAUCGACGCCCUCAGUCCCGAUGAGACCCAUUUGGAUGACUCUGAAGGCGACUGGGGUGCGCACGAGACCAUCUUAGGCGCAGGCGGAAUCAUUGCAGAGAACCUGCGGAAUCUCGGCUCCAUCCUCGGGAAGACUGCUACAGUCAGUCUAGCGCCCUUGCACAUCAGCGGGAGCGACGGUGCCCCGACGCGUGCAUUCGCGAUAUGCGAGUGA